AUGACGCCUGAGCGGCCCGAGCCGUGUCCGCGGGAUCAGCUUUUUCUGGGUGGCCUCGGUGGUUUGAGCUCCUUCGGCAUCGAGGUGCUGCUGCAGAGCUACGCCGUGACGCAUCUUGUGCUCUGCGGCCGGCCUGACAAAGACGACCACGUGAGCCACGCGCAGCUGGCGCUGCAGGGCGGCAGCACGGAGCUGCACCUGGCACCGUUGGUGCCGGAGGAUCCCACGCAAGUGCUCCAGAUUUUGGAGGAGGCAGUGCAAUUCAUCCAAGAAGCUCUGGAGGAUGAUCUAAACAACGUCUUGGUCGCCUGUAGCAAGGGUGCAUCUCGCAGUGUGGUGGUGCUGCUGUCGUAUCUGACCACGACCAGUUCCUGCCACAGCGCCUUUGACUCGGUGGUAGCGUGUCGUUGGCGAAUUUGGCCCAGCGCACUGCUGGUGCAGUCGCUCUUGGAGAUGCGGAGGGACCAGGUGGUUCCGGCCCCCGCGGACACGUGGCACUUCUGCCGCCGCGUGGGCUGCCACGCAGCCUGGGCCACGGCGUGGCACAACGGGCAGCAGGUGAGAUAUGCGGAGGCGGAGAAGGCCUGGGACAGCACAGAAGAUGUCCCUUUGGAAGAGAAAUUUGCUGCCUGCAAGCAGAGUUUGUUGGGAAAAUCCGCAAGUGAACUGGCCAUGUACACUGAUCAAGCUCCUCCGGAUGCAUUGCCUCCACAUGCAGAGGUGACUGAUUUGAGGUGCAAUUUGAUGUUAUGUGGCUUGGGCGGACUCUCUGAGAAGCAGAUUGCUGCUUUGCUGACCUCCCACGGCAUGCAGCGGAUAAUUCUUUGUGGAAAACCCGGGCGUGAUUCGCACGUCACAGCCUUGCAGAAGGCAUUGCCGCUGGCUGGGCUUAGCGGUUCUGACAUGUAUCUGAUUCCUGUAGCAGACAGUGCGGCGGAAGAUUUGGGGCCGCAUUUCAAGGCUGCCGUUGAUUUCACCGGGCCAUGGAAGACCUUGGUGGCGUGCCGCCAAGGGGCCUCCCGCAGCGCCACUGUGGCCGCGGCGUGUUUGAUGGCGCAGGAGAAGGUCACUGCUGCGGAGGGGUUGAAGCAGAUCUAUGCUAAGAGAUGGCGUGUAUGGCCUAAUCCAGGUUUUGUCCUCCAACUGCUGAGCUAUGAACGUGGUUCAAAGGAAGCAGCUGCGGAUGCUGCGGAUUCUGAAAGCGAAGCCUUGCUGGAAAUGGUGGGGAUCAGAAGUGCAUGGGCCGCCAAUCAGCAAAAUCUGCAGGAGACGGGCUUUGGUCAGAAAGAAAUCACCAUGGAACAAGUGGCGAGCUUCUGGAAGCAAGCCUGCGCCGAGAGCAGCGAUGUCCAGCGACGCUUCGAGCGCUGCAAGGAAUUGACGCUGGGCGUUGACCUGGACACCUUCGGCGGAGACGGAGACCCAGAGGAGGGUAGCAAGAGACGCCGCGUGAAGGAAGGAAUUUGA